CUGGAGUCGAUCCCUCCCUGGAGAAAAACUUUAUCUGGAAAGCGCCUCAAUGCAAACUUGACACAGUUUUGCAUACAGGGUGUCCCUGUAUGCUUCACAGGCUCAGAUCCAACUAAUUGAUUAUUAUCAACAAGAAACUGCAGGACACCGGGUUUUCAUUUAAAAUUGGAGAAGGAGAUCAGAGUUCAAAAGUAGGAGGCUGAAUUGAAAGUAAUUAUGCCACGAUUACUAUUGAUUUAAACAGUAAGAAUAUCCAAAGUAGGUGGCUACAGGGACGGCAGUAGACAACUGUCUGCAGCCUGCUACUUGCCCUUUUUGAACACCCUAUCUACAGGAUACAAUGCCUGAGCAGUGUCAUGGGCAUUGCCAGCAUAAAACUUCAGGACUGUCAACAACGAACUGAGGGACAUCAUCAUCAUACAGCUCCUGAACAUUAUCAUCAAGCAAGUGAUGGACAUUGCCAGUAUAAAACUGCAGAACAUCAUCGACAAGAAACCAAUGUGCCUAACUGUCAGCAACGAAGUGAGGGACAUCAUCUACAUACAGCUCCUGAACAUUAUCAAGGAAGUGAUGGACAUUGCCAGUAUAAAACUGCAGAACAUCAUCGACAAGAAACCAGUGUGCCUAACUGUCAACAACGAACUGAGGGACAUCAUCGACAUACAGCUCCUGAACAUUAUCAUCAAGGAAGUGAUGGACAUUGCCAGAAUAAAACUGCAGAACAUCAUCAACAUGAAACCAAUGUGCCUAACUGUCAGCAACGAAGUGAGGGACAUCAUCAUCAUACAGCUCCUAAACAUUAUCAAGGAAGUGAUGGACAUUGCCAGUAUAAAACUGCAGAACAUCAUCGACAAGAAACCAUUGUGCCUAACUGUCAGCAACGAAGUGAGGAACAUCAUCAUCAUACAGCUCCAGAACAUUAUCAAGGAAGUGAUGGACAUUGCCAGUAUAAAACUGCAGAACAUCAUGGACAAGAAACCACUGUGCCUAACUGUCAGCAACGAAGUGAGGGACAUCAUCAUCAUACAGCUCCUGAACAUUAUCAAGGAAGUGAUGGACAUUGCCAGUAUAAAACUGCAGAACAUCAUCGACAAGAAACCAUUGUGCCUAACUGUCAGCAACGAAGUGAGGGACAUCAUCAUCAUACAGCUCCAGAACAUUAUCAUCAAGGAAGUGAUGGACAUUGCCAGUAUAAAACUGCAGAACAUCAUCGACAAGAAACCACUGUGCCUAACUGUUAGCAAUGAACUGAGGGACAUCGAACUGACAUGGACAAGAAACCAAUGUGCCUAACUGUCAACAACGAACUGAGGGACAUCGGACUGACAUGGACAAGAAACCAGUGUGCCUAACUGUCAACAACAAACUGAGGGACAUCGAACUGACAUGGACAAGAAACCAAUGUGCCUAACUGUCAACAACGAAGUGAGGGACAUCAUCGACAUAUAGAUCCAGAACAUUAUCAUCAAGAAAAUGAUGGAUAUUGCCAACAAGAAACUUUUGAACAUGGUGUCCAAGAAACUGCAGAACAUUACCAACAAGAAUGUGAUGGGUGUAACUGUUGUCAAGAAGAAACUGCAAAACAUUAUCAAGGAGAAACUGGUGAACAAUAUCAACAGGAAACCUGUCAACAUGAACUGCUUUCAUGUCAUUAUUUGACAUUGAUGAAUGGGAGACUGGUGCAUAUUGGCAAGAUGAAACUGGCGCAUAUUCAAGUUAACAUGAUGAAACUGGUGCAUAUUCAAGUUAACAUGAUGAAACUGGUGCAUAUUCAAGUUAACAUGAUAAAACUGGUGGAUAUUCAAGUUAACAACAUGAAACUGGUGCAUAUUCAAGUUAACAUGAUGAAACUGGUGCAUAUUCAAGUUAACAAGGUGAAACUGGUGCAUAUUCAAGUUAACAUGAUGAAACUGGUACAUAUUCAAGUUAACAACAUGAAACUGGUGCAUAUUCAAGUUAACAUGAUGAAACUGGUGCAUAUUCAAGUUAACAUGAUGAAACUGGUGCAUAUUCAAGUUAACAAGAUGGAACUGGUGCAUAUUCAAGUUAACAACAUGAAACUGGCGCAUAUUCAAGUUUA